GAACAAGCACAAUACACAAUCAAAAAAUACAAGUUUAAAUAAAGAAAAAAUUACACUUAAAACCACUGCAUGUCCUUUAUGUACACAAAAUCAUUUUUUAUUUAGCUGUUCUGAAUUUAGAAAAUUAAGCGUAGAUGAACGCUUAGAAAAAAUGAAGAAUUUCAGUGUGUGUAAAAAUUGUUUAAGGCCUGGUCACAAAGACAGUCAGUGCCGCUUAACUCACUGUAAAUACUGUUCUUUAAAGCACAGCACACUUUUACAUAAAGAUACUGAACAGCACACUACAGUUGCCUUAUCUGCCAAUAUUCAGACUAGUAACAAACCUCUUACAUUGCUUUCCACAGCAUUGGUGAAUGUGGUCGGCGCCGACGGGAAACUACAUCCUGCUCGCGCUCUUCUAGACAAUGCCUCCACGGGGCAUUAUGUCACACAGCACCUGUGUGAGAAGCUGGGUUUGCUGCGUCGAAGCGUAAGCUCCUCUGUGACAGACGCGUCGGAACGUGCUUACGGUGCAUGUAUCUUCGUGAGGGCGGUCGACGCAAAUGGCACGGUACAAGUUCGCCUUCUAGCUUCCAGAAAUAAAGUGGCGCCUUUGAAGCCUACCACAAUCCCCAGACUCGAGCUUUGUGGUGCGCUCCUGGCGUCUAGACUUCACGCCAAAGUGAUGUCAUCAAUCACCCUUAAGGUACAUGAUUCCUUUUUUUGGACUGAUUCCACAAUCGUGUUAGCAUGGCUAAAAACGCAAUCAAAUCAAUUAAAAACGUUUGUUCGGACUCGAGUAGGUGAGAUUCAAGACAGCACAGCUGGUCACAGGUGGAGCUACGUUCCAUCGAAGGAAAAUCCUGCCGAUUUAGUCUCACGCGGAAUUGCAACGAACAGUAUUGGCUCAUGCGCACUGUGGUGGUCUGGUCCAGAUUUUCUUAAAACAAAAAACAUACAAUUUCCGAUCAUACCAAACACACAAUCAGAUUCUACAAGCACACAAAGACAGGAAAAAACAGAAAUAGUUUUACACACAACGACACAAAGUAAAGACACAGUCACACACAUAAUUCAUGAAUUAAUUAAUAAAACGUCAAGUUACACACAUUUAAUUAGAUCUUUUGCUUUUGUACAAAGAUUUAUACACAAUUGCAAAUAUCCUAAAAAUAAAUUAACACAAACAUUAUCUACAACAGAAUUAAAAAAUUCAGAAACUUAUAUACUAAAACUCGUACAACAACAAAUGUUCAAAGAUGAAUAUAUUUUAUUAAAGUCCAGAAAGCCUCUUCCAUACAAAAAUAGGUUGAGUUCAUUAGCACCUUUCAUUCAUUCAGAUGAGCUCAUAAGAGUUGGAGGAAGACUUAAAAACUCACACUAUCCUUUCGACAUCAAACACCCAAUACUCUUAUGUGGCAAGCAUCAUCUCACACAAAUCCUUUUUCAAAAAGAACACAUUUCAUUAAUGCAUGCGGGACCUCAACUCCUUUUGUCUUUUAUUAGACAAAAAUAUUGGCCACUGGGGGGGAGGAACCUCGCUAGACGCGUCGUGCAUCGUUGCGUUCGCUGCUGCAGGUUUAAACCGAAACCAAUACAGCCUAUGAUGAGUGACUUACCCGCGGAUAGAACACGUUUAGAAUUCCCAUUUUUGCACACUGGAAUUGACUACGCUGGUCCAAUAAUGAUAGCAAGCCGUAAGGGCAGGGGUGCGAAACUGGAAAAGUCUUACAUUUGCAUAUUUGUCUGCUUCGCAGUUAAAGCUUUGCACCUGGAGCUCGUCACGGAUUUAACAAAGGAGGCCUUCAUAUCAGCAUUUCUAAAAUUUAUAUCACGUCGCGGUAAGCCAAUGUCUGUAACGUCCGAUAACUCGACGACCUUUAUUGGAGCCAGUAAUGAAAUCGCAUCUUUUUUCUCAAAAUACUCAGACGACAUCAAGUCAGAUCUUAGCAAUAGGGAUAUUGAAUUCCGCCGUAUACCCCAGUACACACCUCACUUCGGGGGUUUAUGGGAGUCUGCUGUCAAAUCAGUCAAAUUUCACCUUAAACGCAUCUUAAAUUUAACACAUUUAACGUACGAAGAGAUGACCACGUGUCUGGUUCAGAUUGAAGCCAUCCUAAAUUCCAGACCACUCACACCUCUUUCUUCCGAUCCUUCCGACCUUACUUGCCUCACUCCCGCUCAUUUCCUCAUAGGACGCUCACUCUUGUCGGUUCCUCGCCCAAUGGUCAGCGAUACAAACAUCGCCGCCAUGGAUCGCUACCAACGCAUCGAGGCGCUCAAGCAGCACUUCUGGCGGAGAUUCUCGGCUGAAUACGUCUCUCUGCUACAACAGCGCAUGAAAUGGCAGAGGGGCUCAAUCACAAGUCUCCAGCUAGGUAGCCUGGUGCUCGUGAAAGACAGAACGCAGCCACCACUUUUAUGGCUGCUUGGAAGAGUGGAGAAGGUGCACCCAGGACAGGACGGAGUGGCUCGCGUGGCAGAGAUCAAAACAAAGAAGGGAGUCAUCACGCGGGCCUUUAACAACAUUUGCCCCCUUCCGAUUUCCAACUCGCGCGGGCAGGAUGUUUAGUGCUAUAGCACUGCACAAGGCGUGCGCGGCGGUGGGCUGCGGGAGCGGGGAGCCUCGCGGUGCGGCGCCGGCGCGCGGCACAAUCCAUUCGCGGCGCGACCGCCUCCAAAUUACCAGCGCUUAUAUUGUUGUAAAGUUUAUUACUAUUUUAUUAUUAAAACAUUUAUAAAACCAUAAAAGUCUUAUCAGUACAGUCCAACUCAAAGUGCAGUGCAACACAUCAC